AGCUCAUCCAUCAAUCAAUAAUGUGGAAAUAGUUUUUUUGCAUGAUGAUGUUGCGUCCGACACUGGUCCUGUUGCUUUUGGUGUUGAUGCUCACCCCGGAGGAAAGCGAAGGAUGGCGUCGUCGACGUCGCCGGCGCCGGCGGGUGCAGGUGAUAACCCACAACACCAACCGCUGCCAUUGCAAUACGGUUCAGGCCGACAUCAUCAAAUUGCUGAGGGAUUUACUGAGAUCCAGAGGUCUGGGCAAACGUGACGUUUCUACCUUGUUUGACGUUGAAGAGGAUGACCCACUUCUGGAGGAAUUCAUGCAAACCUCCAUGAACAAACGUGACGGCCUUGUGGACAGGAAGGAGUUGUUGGCAACUGUAGAGCGAGCAGCACAAGCCCCUCAGAAGAGGAACAGCAACCACUGCUUGUGUGGGAGGAUGCUACUAGAGGGAGCUAUUCGCGACAGCAGCAGCAGCGGCUGAACAUAGGGCGGAUAACGAUUCUAACCAACCAGACUGACAAAUAAAUUUAGCAAGAUGAA